CAACCGCCGAGCGCGGGCGCCGGGUGACAAACUCGGGCGCCGGGCAGCCCGCGACGCGCGGACUCGGAGUGGGCCACUGCCGGGCGGGAGCGACCAUGGCCUCCGCGGAGGAGCGGCACGAGGGCGGCCUGGAGGACGAGGAGGAGAUCACCGCCGCCACGCUGCGGGGCAAGCCCCGGCCGCCGCCCGUCUCGGCGCUGUCCGCCUUCAGCUACGUCCCGCCGCGGCGCCUGGACCCCAAGGAGCACAGCUACUACCACCGCCAGGCCAGGACAGGUAUUAUUUCCCUCUAUGAUUGCGUUUUUAAGAAGAACCCAGAUUACAAUCAGAAAUUGCACCGAGAUGACAGAGAACACGCAAAGAGCCUAGGACUUCACGUUAACGAGGAGGAACGAGAAAGGCCGGUGGGCGUGCUGACCUCUUCCGUUUAUGGCAAGCGCAUCCAUCAGCCCGUGGAGCCGCUGAACCGCGAGCACCGCCGGGCCAAUCACGUGAGGGCGGACUUCUACCGCAAGAACGACAUCCCCAGCAUCAGGACCCCGGGCUUCGGGCACGUCUCUCCAGCCUGAGGCUCCCCGGCCCGCCCGCCAGGGGCGCCGCAGAGAGGGGCGGCGCCGGGGCCUUCCCUCCUGUUUCACUGACAUCUAGAAAGUGCAGCGAUGCCCCCGCGUCAUCUUUACAGUUGGGAGACGAAUUAGCAGCUUUCCCUCGGUUAGGAACCUGGCUAAGCACCUUUAAGAGUUAUUAAGAAUAUCCAGCAUGGCGAUUUUUAUGUGAAAUUAUUUCAGAUUAAAUAAUUCUGGUGACUGAUUCACGGAGGGCACCUUAAUAAAAUUAAAACUUUCC